AUGCACACCAUCUCUCCUGCUGCAACACAUCCGACUACCGUCGAUGACGAUGCGAGCUCUGUGGCCACGGCAUGCCGGUCAGUCGUGGAACAACUUUCUUUGCACAACUUUGGCGCCGCACGAGCCGACACACCGUGUAGCGAUCCUCCACUAACCGAGCUCAUGUCCGAAGACAAGCAAUCAAUUGCUAGUUCAUUCACAGAGAAGCACCCAGCAUACCAUGGCACGGGUCCUACGCGGUGUGCUUCCAUCAGGACACAGCGGACAACCUCCACGAGGGUGACCAAUUCUAGUGUCUUGACAGGGCAGGCCACACUGGUCGACGACGCAGACAACAACACGGCAGUCUCGAUGUACGUCGCUUCCGUCUCUCUCCCGCCGCGUAGGCACAAGCACAAGGUGCCCGGCGCGGAUGACAUCGAGGUCGAUCUCCUGCCUGUGUUCGACGCGUACGAGCGCCUGCACGCGGCUGUAUGCCGCCGCGAGACGGCGAGGCUCCCCGACGCGGCAGAGACGUUCACCCAGCAACUGUCGCUCACCGUGCAGGGUGUGGACAGGACGGCUGGCUCCGUGCGGUAUGCAUCUGCGUACGAGUCCGCGAAGAAGAACCUCAAAUUCUCGCAGGAACUCCUGGAAUUGCACUAUAGCAAGGUGCAUUGGGACGAUACGAACGACACCGUCGCGGCACUCGCGACAGGGUACCAAUUGAUGGAGAUGACCAUGGCCAGCUUCCGGAGCCUCCUGCAGGCAGUCGAGACAGAAUGCGAAGCCCUGGAGACCCCCAUCGAAACAGAUAUGUCAUCGAAUACUCGGUCAACCGCGGGGAAGCUCAGGAUCAUGACUGAGAAUCUAAAACCGAAGAAGGCAUUGUUCCAGCGACUUCGCAGAUUGUCGCGUGGCUGUAUGGCCGCGUUUGACAUUUCUUUGCCUCCUACGCCCAUAGUCACAGGUCCGGGAGAACACGGCGCUCCAGGCUCAGUUGUUCGACCUGCACGAUUUUCAGACGACUCAGGGUCUACGUCGGAGACGGAGCCAGAGCCUUUGCGAGAAAGCUACUUGGAGGUGCGGCCUCCGGACGAAUCGUCUCAUGUCCCAUACACGAUCAAAGCAUCUCUCGACGUCUUCCCUGAGCCAUCCCCCAAGCUUACGCAGCUGAGCUUACCAAGUGGCGUGUCGUAUACGACAGAACUCAAGCGAGCGCCAGACGGCACGAUCAUAGCUGCAACGCUGCCGGAACUCAUCCGGAUCCUGACUGACCAGCACGAAAUCCUGAGCACGGACAGGCCGGAUCUCCUCGAUGCAUUCUUCCUGUUUUUCCGCUCGUUCGCGCCUCCCGCGAUAUUCAUGGACAUGCUUGUCGAGCGGUAUAACCAGAGCGCCCCUGCUGGACUCGACGAGGUACAGCUGCACGCGUGGCGAUUGUACCAGCGCUUCGCUAAGAUCAACAUCGCGAAAUUGCUCUGUCUCUGGCUUGAAAACUACUGGAAAGAGAGUGCUGAUAGUGGCAUGCUGAACCGCAUUAUCCAGUUCACUUUCGGAACUUUGACGAAGGACACUGAUUUGCCCGAGGAUACGGCCAAAUUGGUCGCGAGUAGCUUGUGCGAGUGCGCGUCAGGUCGUCGUAGCAGCGAGUAUGGGCUAUGGCUGGCCAAGGAAAUCAAGCAAACCGAAGCGGCUGCAAUCAUCUACAAGCCCACAGAAUUCCAGCCGCGGUUAGAACAGCUCAAGAUGCUGCGUCCAGACCAACUUUCUAUGGUCGACAUCGGAUUUUUUCGCAAACCGGGCGGUGCGGAAGAGUUGGCACGACAAUUGACCGUCAUUGAAUCGGAGCUGUUCCACUCGUUCUUGCCGGAGGAUCUCAUUCAUUUUGGCGAUCCGAAGUUCCGACGGAAUCUGGACAGGUGGAAGGCGUUUUCCAACGCGCUUUCUCUUUGGGUGACGAGCUGCAUACUGGAUCACCGAGAAGCAGUGGUUAGAGCGCAGCUCAUUGAGCUGUUCACCUCCGUAGCAUCAACAUGUAAACGUAUGCGCAACUACAAUUCAGCACUUGCCAUCUUGCUCGGCCUCCAGAGCAAUAGUAUCACUCGCCUCGAGAAAACCGAACAGGCGAUGCUUCCCUAUCGGGAAUCACGUAUUGACCUUGAGAACUUCUUCGAUCCUCGCAGCAAUUGGAGUAUGUAUCGUGCGGAGGUGACACAGAAUAUUCCUGCGAUUCCAUUAACAGUGGCGAUGAUUAAAGACACGAAGCUCAAUCGGGAGCUCCUGCCCCGUAUUCAGUCCACAGUUGUGCCCCUCUCGGCGCCCAUACAGGACAUGAUCCCUCUGCAAUACUACCGGAACAUGCGGAAGACAGUCCGAGAUCUUGAGAAGUGCUACGGCUCAUAUAAUCUUGAGCGCGUCGAUCUGCUGUAUGACUGGCUCAAGAACAAUAUCUCACCGUUUGAGAAGGAGGAGUAUGAUCGCUACUCACAGGUUCUUUAUAAGAAGAGCUUACUAUUGGAGCCGAAGCAACCUGACAACCUACCAUGA